GCAUUGAGCAAAAUCUGGAAAAAAGUUUGAAGAAAAGAAAAAGAAACAAUUCAGUAAAAUUGUGUGUGCAUAUGUGUUGGUGUAUCUGCAUGACACCAAAUCAGUGGAAGAUACUCACAAAACCUCUACCUCGAAAUUUCUCAUUUAAAACAAAGACAACUUGGGAGAAAAAUUCAUAUCAAGUGGCCAUGAUGGGGGUUGAUUUAAUUUUCCUUUUUUCUUCCUCUCUCUUCAUCUCCUAUAUCUCUCUUCUCUGCUUCAAAAAAAUUUUCAAGAAAAAAAUUUCCCUUUAUUAGUUUCUCUUCUCUACUUCUCUGUUAGGUUCAAGAGAAUCCAAAUUCCCUUGCCUUUGAGUUUUGAGAUUGGGGAUAAGAAUUGAGAAGGACUCAAACUGCACGUGGGUUUUUCAGAAUUCUGAUUUAGGUGUAAGGUUUCAAAUACAAGAAGGAAAAGAAACACUUUGAGAAGAAGGUUAAUUAUACAUAGAGGUUUUUUUUUAUAAGAUAUGGCAGCACCUUUUUCUGCAGCAUCGCUCUUUGCAAUCAGAGAAGAGGAUCAGAAUCAGAUGAAGCAGCAGCAUUCCUCAACACCAUCAUCAUCAACCACUCCAGCUGCACCACCACCCCAGAAGAAAAGAAGAAACCAACCAGGAACACCAUAUCCAGAUGCUGAGGUGAUAGCACUAUCUCCCAAGACUCUAAUGGCAACAAACAGGUUUAUAUGUGAAGUGUGCAAUAAAGGGUUCCAAAGAGAGCAAAACCUACAGCUACACAGAAGAGGACACAACUUGCCUUGGAAGCUAAAGCAAAAGACCAACAAAGAGCCAAAGAGAAAGGUUUAUCUGUGUCCCGAGCCCACAUGUGUUCACCAUGACCCUUCAAGGGCUCUUGGAGACCUCACUGGCAUUAAGAAACACUACUCUCGCAAACAUGGUGAGAAGAAGUGGAAGUGUGACAAGUGCUCCAAGAAAUAUGCUGUUCAAUCAGAUUGGAAGGCACACUCCAAAACCUGUGGCACUAGAGAGUAUAGAUGUGACUGUGGCACCCUCUUCUCCAGAAGAGACAGUUUCAUCACACACAGAGCCUUCUGUGAUGCUUUGGCACAAGAAAGUGCAAGAGAGGCACCAAACCUGAGCAGUGCCAUUGGCAACCAACUGUAUGGAAACAGCAACAACAUGUCCUUAGGCUUAUCUCAAAUCCCUUCCAUCCAUGACCAAAACCCUCAACCUAGUGAACUAAUGCGUUUUAGUGGUGCGCCAAGGGCUGGUCAAUUUGACCACAUUCUCCCACCCAACAUUGCCUCAUCAUCACCCUUUAGACAUUCCAUGCAAACCCCUCCAUUCUUCUUGCAAGAAUCAAACCAAACCUACCAUGACUCAAACAAGCCAUUCCAAGGACUGAUACAAUUAUCUGACCUAAACAACAAUAACCCUUCUGCCUCCAACCUCUUCAACCUUCCUUUUCUUUCCAACCGUGCCAUCAACAGCAACAACUAUUCUGAGGAACAACAAUUCAACACUGCUGAAGGGUCCAAUUUCUUCUCAGAAGGCACCAUGAAUAUUGGCAGUACUGAUCACCAAACUAGCUCCACCACUGUCCCUUCUCUCUUCAGCACCAAUUCCCUUCAAAACAACCACCUUUCUCACAUGUCCGCAACUGCACUGCUUCAAAAAGCUUCUCAAAUUGGCUCUGCAAGUUCAAGCAACAGCAUCAACAUCAACAACACCACCACCACCAACAACACUAGUGCCUCCUCUCUUCUUAGAAGCUUAGCAUCAAAAUCUGAUCAUCAGAGGCAACUCGGUGGUGGUGGUGCUGCUGCAAACUAUGCAACCAUCUUCAACAACAGUGUUCAGGAAAUGAUGAACAUUUCAGGGUUUGAAGCAUAUGAUCAUCAUGGUGGCAUGAACAAAGAACAAAAACUCGGUGGUGUUGGAGGCUCUGAUAGGCUCACAAGGGACUUUCUAGGAGUUGCACAACAACAACAGCGAGAAGGGUUUAACUUGAUGAGUUCUUUGGAAGCAGAGACAAACAAUAACGCUGCGCCGUCAGGUCAAUCUUUUGGAAGUGGUGGGAACUUUCAGUGAAGUACAAAAAGGGGUAUCAACUUGUUCCAUUGACUAAUUAGAUCAUCUAUUUCGGUUUUCGGGAGCAACAUGGAAGCAUAUUGGAGUUUCUGUAUAGACCUAGCUAGUCUCAACAUUUUCAAACAAAAUGAAAAUUGACUUCCUUUGAUGAUCAUACUGUUGAACCGUAAGCAAUUGGUGUUAGGAUUUCAAACAAGACUUGUUUCAUAUUUUUCAUGUUUUACUUAGUAGAUUUUGUUACUAGACAAUGCUUUAAUUUGAUAUGUAAAUGGUCAGGAAUACCAGCCAUAACGCUUCGUAGCGCCAUAUAUAUAAAUAUUAAUUAGCAUCA